GUAUGACAUGGACGCGCAUUCAAGGUCUGAUGGGCCAAGCCAUUGGUGUUUUACUCGUCAUUGCUGACUCUUGAGGGCAGCUUUGCUCCGAGACUUCAAAGAUCAAACUCAAGAAUGCCUGCAUAUACAAAAUAUCAGAGGUGCUGUGCCAACCCUAUUCGUACAUCGCGAUCUGGAAACAAAUCACAAAGUCUUCCAAAGGCCCGAGAAACUACCGACAAGCUCGUGGUUGUUUGGGGACAACGAGAGCGCCGGAUGUCAGGCACAAGCUGGGCAUUAUUACGGGCUGUGCGAGAAAUGCGGUCCGGUUGGCCCAACGGGUUGAUUACAGCCUGCUCGUCUAUGGAUGGUGCGCAGCACGAAGUGCCUCACACCUCCUCCAGCUGCUGGACAAGCCAGGCAACUUCCGGACAUUACACGCAAGGCUUUGGCAGCCGCUCUGAUUCUUGGGUUUCCACCAGUCAGUCCCUGUUCCCAGACAGCUUCGAGAAGGUUGAAGUGGACAGGCCGCAGGUGAUCCGAGAUCGAGGGGUCUUGUCCACUCCAGGAGAGGAGAUUAUGGUCAGGGUAUCCACGGUAUCGAUAAAGCGGUGGAUACAUUCAGAGGAGAGGCCCUGCCAUCCUGGUACUCCCCGAAUCCCCAGGGCCAAUUUCCACGUCACUCCUCGCUUUGAAUGUCCAGCGGUUAGAGAUCAGCUUCCGCAGAUGCCAUUCCUCUCAAAGCCUGCCCUGGACUGCCCGGCAAGCGCUGAAUCGCAUCAACCAUCAAGCAGAGGCACUGACAGGGACUCCAGGCCAAGGUACCGCGUUGGUAUGGAUCAGCAAGACUUGUUGGCUUACGUCCGCUCAUUCGCUCCCUCGCCUUGUUCCAAUCUCGUGCGGCAGCAGCAUUGAGUUCCCCUCGAUCGUUACUACAUCUGACGUUCACCUAUCGUUCUUUGCCUCUCCGCCUCUGUGCCUUCCUGUCGUGGAAUCCAUCGCCGCUGUCAGCUUUCGUCCUCUUGUUCCGCUGGGCCACCUCGGCCAACGCAACACAGUAUAUUUGUACGGAUAUACGGAACUGUGGCGCGGUGGGUAUAGACACAGGGCCGGCGUCCAUUUCACGUUCUCGCAUUUCUCUCACCAGCAGGAAACCCACUUAGACCGCGGACGCGAGGGGAUCCCCUUCAGGAGUAGUGGCCUGGACUGGUCUAUUUAGUCAUUCUGUUGCUCAACUUGCUCAU